GAUUAUAACAACGUAAAUGGUGAGAACUGAUAGAGUGUUAAGGUAGAAGAGGAGAAUGAGGAAGAGAAGGGCGAGUGGUAAAAAGGGAGGAGGCGGCGAAAGUGGCUUAUAGAAACAGAUGGAGGGUGAAGAGAGGGAGGUAUGGUCGAGUAGUGAAAAGAGGGUCCUCUUUCCUCUUUUCGUUUGUACAGAAGGUAGGUAUGAAAGUGUUUUUUUUAAAAAAAAAAAAAAAAAAAAAAAAAAAAAAAAGAAGAAGAAGAGAAAAAGGAAAGAAAAAAAAAGGGAAACGGAAAAAGGACUAAUGAAAAGCGAAAGAAGAAAGAGGAAAAGGGAGAAGCAAUGGUGUGUGGAGGGGGAGAACAGAAUUGAUGGAUGGAUGAAUGGAUGGAUGGAUGGAUGGAUGGGUGGAUGGAGGGAGGAAGAGAGAGAGAGAGAGAGAGAGUAGCAGCAAGUAAGGUAAGGUAAGGGUAGUUCAGUUCGAACACAGACACACACCACCGACGUCAACAGUGAGCCGUCAGAAGACUGGAUCGACCAACCACUG